AUGCCACGUAACUUUAGAUUCUGCUUCUUCCUCUUCCUUUUCUUAAACUCCUCUGUUUUCUUCUUCAUCCCCUGUUUCUCCAUAGACGAGCAGGGUCAAGCUCUCCUCUCAUGGAAAUCUCAGCUAAACAUCUCCGGCGACGCUUUAUCUUCUUGGAACGCCGCAGAAUCAAACCCUUGUGGUUGGUUCGGAAUCAGAUGCAACGCGAGAGGCCAAGUCUCGGAGAUACAACUCCAAGUCAUGGACUUUCAAGGUCCCUUACCGGCGACGAAUCUCCGGCAGCUAAAGUCUCUGACUUUACUCAGUUUAACCUCCGUGAAUCUCACUGGUUUAAUCCCUAAGGAGCUCGGAGACUUGUCGGAGCUAGAAGUUCUCGAUUUGGCCGAUAAUUCUCUCUCCGGUGAAAUCCCUGUGGAAAUCUUCAGGCUCAAGAAACUCAAGACUCUGUCUCUCAACACCAACAAUCUCGAAGGUGUGAUUCCGUCGGAGCUAGGGAGUCUCACUAACCUCGUCGAGCUCACUCUCUUCGACAAUAAACUCGCCGGAGAGAUUCCAAAGAGUAUCGGAGACCUCAAGAAUCUAGAAAUCUUCCGUGCAGGUGGGAACAAGAAUCUGAGAGGAGAGCUUCCUUGGGAGAUUGGUAACUGCGAGAGUCUUGUGACUUUAGGUCUCGCCGAAACAAGUCUCUCCGGUAAACUCCCGGCGUCGAUCGGAAACCUGAAACGCGUUCAGACGAUAGCUCUGUACACGUCACUCUUGUCUGGUCCAAUCCCUGAUGAGAUUGGAAACUGCACGGAGCUUCAAAAUCUCUACUUGUACCAAAACUCAAUCUCGGGAUCGAUUCCGGUGACUUUGGGGGGUCUCAAGAAGCUUCAAAGUCUUCUCUUAUGGCAGAACAAUCUCGUCGGUAAAAUCCCAAUCGAGCUCGGAGACUGUCCGGAGCUUUUCCUGAUCGAUUUAUCGGAGAAUCUCCUCACCGGAAACAUCCCAAGAAGCUUGGGGAACCUUCCCAAUCUCCAGGAGCUCCAGCUCAGCGUUAACCAGCUUUCCGGUACAAUCCCUGAAGAGCUAGCGAAUUGCACGAAGCUGACGCAUUUAGAGAUCGACAACAACCAAAUCUCCGGCGAGAUUCCCCCGUUGAUCGGGAAAUUAACAAGCUUGACUAUGUUCUUCGCGUGGUCCAAUCAGUUAACCGGAAAGAUUCCAGAGAGUCUUUCAAAAUGCGCAGAGCUUCAGGCGAUCGAUCUCUCAUACAACGGUCUCUCUGGUUCGAUUCCUAAUGGCAUCUUCGAGCUGCGAAACCUCACGAAGCUUCUUCUUCUCUCUAAUUACUUGUCUGGAUUUAUCCCACCGGAUAUCGGAAACUGCACGAAUCUUUACCGGCUUCGACUCAACGGGAACAGACUGGCGGGGAAUAUUCCGGCGGAGAUUGGGAGAUUGAAAAAUCUUAACUUUAUCGAUAUAAGCGAUAAUCGUCUCGUCGGAAACAUUCCUCCGGCGAUCUCCGGUUGCGAAAGCCUCGAAUUUGUCGAUCUUCAUUCAAACGGUUUAACCGGUUCGUUACCCGGUACGCUUCCGAAGAGCUUGCAAUUCAUCGAUUUCUCCGAUAAUUCACUAACCGGUCCUCUGCCAUCUGGGAUUGGUUCGUUAAUUGAGCUCACGAAGCUCAAUCUCGCGAAGAAUCGUCUCUCCGGCGAAAUCCCUAGAGAAAUUUCGUCUUGUCGGAGUCUCCAGCUUCUCAAUCUCGGAGACAAUGCCUUUACCGGAGCAAUCCCAAACGAAUUAGGCCGUAUCCCGUCGCUCGCAAUCUCUCUGAAUCUGAGCUGCAAUUCCUUCGUCGGAGAAAUCCCGUCGCGAUUCUCGAGCCUCGUCAAUCUCGGAAUCAUCGAUAUCUCUCACAACAGACUCGCCGGAAACCUAAACGUCUUAGCCGAUCUGCAAAACCUCGUCUCGCUCAACAUCUCCUUCAACGACUUCUCCGGCGAAUUGCCCAACACUCUGUUUUUCCGGAAACUCCCACUCUCCGUUCUCGAAUCCAACAAAGGGCUGUUCUUUACGACCCGACCGGAUAACGGGAUCCAAACCCGACACCGAUCCGCCGUGAAGCUAACCAUGUCGAUCCUCGUCGCCGCAAGCGUCAUCCUCGUUCUCAUGGCGGUUUACACUCUCGUCAAAGCACAACGAGUCGCCGGAAAACACGAAGAAUUGGAUACGUGGGAAGUGACUCUCUAUCAGAAACUCGAUUUCUCGAUCGACGACAUCGUCAAAAACUUGACUUCCGCUAACGUGAUCGGAACAGGAAGCUCCGGCGUAGUUUACAGAGUGACGAUCCCGUCCGGCGAAACUCUAGCCGUUAAAAAAAUGUGGUCGAAGGAAGAAACCGGAGCGUUUAACUCGGAGAUCAACACUCUCGGAUCGAUCCGACACCGGAACAUAAUCCGUCUUCUGGGUUGGUGCUCGAAUAAGAAUCUAAAACUCCUGUUCUACGACUAUCUCCCCAACGGAAGUUUAAGCUCUCUGCUUCACGGCGCCGGCAAAGGAAGAGGAGGAGCUGAUUGGGAAGCCCGAUACGAUGUCGUUUUAGGCGUUGGACAUGCCCUCGCUUACCUCCACCACGAUUGUCUCCCUCCGAUUCUACACGGCGACGUCAAAGCUAUGAAUGUCUUAUUGGGUUCCCGGUUCGAACCUUACUUAGCCGAUUUCGGUUUAGCCAAAACCGUUUCCGGUGAUGGAAAUACCGAUGGAGACUCGUCGAAACUAAGUAACCGGCCUCCGUUAGCUGGUUCUUACGGUUACAUGGGUCCAGAACAUGCUUCAAUGCAACGUAUAACCGAAAAGAGUGAUGUGUAUAGUUACGGAGUGGUACUAUUGGAAGUUUUAACCGGUAAGCAUCCACUAGACCCGGAUCUAUCGGGAGGUGCACAUCUGGUUCAAUGGGUGAGAGAUCACUUAGCCGAGAAAAAAGCUCCGGGAGAAAUCCUCGACCCGAGACUCCGGGGACGAGCGGAUCCAAUAAUGCACGAGAUGCUCCAAACGCUAGCGGUCGCAUUUCUUUGCGUGAGCAAUAAGGCAACCGAUCGGCCCAUGAUGAAAGACGUUGUGGCAAUGCUUAAAGAGAUUAGGCAGUUUGAUAUUGGACGAUCAGAGACCGAUAUGGUAAAAGGAGGGAAAUGUGAAAAAUGGCAGCCGCAACCGUUGCCGCCGGAGAAAAUGGUCACUCCUAGAGGUUCAUCUAAUAGUUCGUUUGCAUUUUCAGAUGAAUCCGUGUAA